CUGUUUAUUUUCGACGUAGUAUUUUUAAGCAGAAGUUUUGGUUUGUUUUUUUUUGAAAAAAUCAAAUAUUAGACGAAAAUCGUUGAAAAUGACCAACGAUAAUGUUAAAAACGAUAAUGGUUGCAGCAAUAACAGCAACAAUAGUCUUUCACCAAAAGAACGUUUAGAAAUGUUUCAAUCAUCUAUUCAACAAUUAGAACAGCAAAGUGAAAUUAAAAAUGUUCGUCAAUUACUUCAUGAACGAUAUAUGCAAAGUAAAGCUGAAAACCAAGUUACAAACAAUCCAUCGGAAGAAAAAGUUUCCAAAGAUGUUAAGAAAUCUAAUGCUGGUGGUAAUCGAAUCAAAAUUGGACGACAAAUGGCUAAAGUUUUUCGAUUCGAAACUGGUAAUAAUAAUCUAAGAAAUCGUCGAAAUCCACGUCAUCAACCAAAUGAAGCUCGUGAACAUGAAAUUGAUCCAUUAUUGAAUGAUCCAAAUGUUCUUUUUGAAAAUUUUGCAUUCGACAACAAUAAUGAUGAUCGGGCCGAAUUUCGUGAUUGGGAUGAUGAUGAUGAUAACAAUGAACAUCAUAGGCCAGAUUUACCAUUUUUUCCGGACCAAGCUCAAGAUGGCGAUGAUGAAGAAGAUGAUGAUAAUGAUGAUUCAUUUCGAUCACUUAUUCUCAGUACAUUUCGACUAUUAACCUGGCGUCAAUGGUCAUUUUGGAUCAUUUGUUUAACAUUAUAUACAACUGGUCAAUGGCAAGCAAAUCGUUAUGGAUUUGGUGCACCAUUCUUAAUGAUAUCAUUACUUUUGUUCAUCAUUAUCAAUUUACGACGUAAAACACCCGGUGAAUUAAGUGCAUAUUCAGUUUUCAAUCCAAAUUGUCGACCGAUUGCAUCAGUAGCUUCGAAUGAUCAACCAAGAGAACAAAUUCUACUUGGAUUCGGGCCAUUAUGACCUAACAACCAACCAACCCUCCAAAAAAACAAAAUUCCAUUAUCAUAACCACAAAAUUGUGAUAUAUUUAUGAAGCAAAUUUUUUUAUUUCAAUAAUUUUAAUGAUUCUAUUGUGGCCAUU